AAACAAAUUACCCGACAUCUUUAGGGAGCAUCCAUCUAGGAGUCACAUGACCCAUGCGUAUGCUACCGGACAACCUGUGAGGAAGGUGUCAGAGCAUAGUACUUUCACUAACUUGGCGGAGCAUAUAUCCCGGAUUGAACCACCCUACACUCACGAGUGGUUACCAUUCUCCUCCUCGGAUGAACUGUUAGGAUCCAGUUCCACACCUGGCCACCAUAUGUACUCGGCCUCUGAGGAAGACGACGAGUACGAUGAAGAAGAAGAAAACCUUGUUCGUGUCAGGCCAAGAACAGGUUCUCUGUCAGAACACGAAGAUUUAAUGGCUCUUAAGGCGCAAGCUCAAGCUGUUGUUCGGCACGAAGAGGCUGGAUACGAUGUAAGUUUCAUAGCUGUGCUUUAA